AUGGAGUUUGACACGCAUUUCUUCAACGAGUUUGCGGACAUCAUUUCCCAACAGGAUGGUUACGCCCUGGGGCGGACACUUUCUCCGGACAUCUCAAAUGAGAGUUUGAGGAGGAUUUUCCGAAGUCAAAAUGCUCACAACGUCAAGAAUGCGCUGAAGCGAGGGCUGCAAGGGAAUGCCGCCCUGGUUGGCGGGCUUGAGCACCAAGAGGUACAAGGUUGGGUAGAUAUAUACGCCUCAUACUGGAACGCCACGGGUGUUCUUCUUACAGCGAGGGAGGCAACCGGUGGGACCGGCAAAACUUCGGAAUUGGUAUGGACGAAAGUGUAUGAGGCUUGGACUGAACUUCUCAACGUUUUGAUUCGGGGGUACCAAAACAGCGGCUUCGAAGCUUGGACGAUCCCCUGUUUGUACACGGUGUGCAAACAUCUCCGUGUCUUUGCCAUGCAGGCAGAUGAAGAGCGUAACCAUAGCAGUGCUUUUGAUGAUACCGCCGCAGCCCUUCAAGACGACUUUGACCCUGAGACGAACAAACGCCAAAAGUUGGAGGACUGCGCGAGGGCGUUGUCCAGGGUCUUUAUGCUUUGCCAAACCGACAGGGCAUCUCUUGAGGAAUCGCGCAAAUGGGGCAGUUACUACAUUGCCAACCUCUUGCUCAAGACAUAUUUCAAACUCAACUCAGCAUCGUUGUCAAAGAACAUAUUGAACAGCUUACGAGUUGGGACUCGAGAUAUGCCAAAGUUUUCGGCCUUCCCGAAAUCCCAGCAAGUAACCUUUAAGUACCACGAAGGUGUUCUAGCAUUCUUGGAAGAGAACUAUGUCCUGGCCGAGGAAUGCUUGACGGAGGCAUGGAAUAGUUGCUAUGUGAAUGCAAAGAAGAACAAAGAGCUUAUCUUGACCUACCUCAUCCCAUGCCAUCUCAUCACAAGUCACACUUUGCCGACUAAGAAACUGCUCGAACCAUUCCCGAGGCUACAGAAACUUUUCCUGCCACUAUGUCGUUGCAUCAAAAGGGGAGAGCUUCACAAAUUCGAUCUCGCGCUCCAGGAAGGCGAAGAUGAGUUUGUCAAGCGCCGCAUCUACCUGACCUUGGAACGCGGGCGUGACAUUGCCCUACGCAACUUACUACGGAAGGUUUUCGUUGCCCGAGGAUUCGAGGAAGCUAAAGAAGGGGAAAAGCCGGCUCGCCGCACCCGCGUUCCAGUUGCCGAGUUUGCCGCUGCUAUCAGCCUCGGCAGCCAGGAAAAGAUUGAUAACGACGAAGUUGAAUGCCUGCUGGCGAACAUGAUUUACAAGAACCACAUGAAGGGAUACAUAUCCCGCCAGCAUGGCAUCGUUGUGCUCAGCAAGUCAGGGGCGUUCCCUGGAACGGGUGUAUGA